UUUCUCUUGAGCCCCCACAGCUAGCGUGGUAUUCAGACGGCGACUCCCGUUUUCUCUGCCAGCUUCUAGAGGCUGACCUCGCCUGGAGGACUGUGACCUGGGGCCACCUGCCAGGCCGGGCCUCCCUCCUCCUCCUCAUUGACAGUCUCACAGUCUCACCGCCGGUAUUGUAACAUGGGGAACCUCCUGAAAGUUUUGACGUGCACAGAUCUGGAACAGGAGCCCAAUUUUUUCCUAGAUUUUGAAAACGCCCAGCCCACAGAAGCAGAGCGAGAGGUGUGGGAGCAGGUGGAUGUGGUGCUGAAGGACGCCAAGGGGAUCCUGGACGAGCUGCAGGCGUAUAAGGGAGCAGGCCAGGCGAUCCGUGAGGCGAUCCAGAAUCCUAAUGAUGAUGCAUUGCAGGAGCAGGCUUGGGCAGCUGUGGUCCCCCUGGUGGGAAAACUGAAAAAGUUCUACGAGUUCUCCCAGAGAUUAGAGGCAGCACUACACAGCCUCCUGGGAGCUCUGACCAGCGAGACAUACGACGACACAACUCAGCACCUGGAGCGAGAGCAAGCGCUGGCCAAGCAGUUUGCCGAGAUCCUGCACUUCACACUGCGCUUUGACGAGCUUAAAAUGACAAAUCCUGCCAUCCAGAAUGACUUUAGCUACUACAGGAGAACCCUGAGCCGCAUGCGGAUCAACAAUGUGCCGGCGGAAGGUGAAAAUGAAGUCAAUAAUGAACUGGCCAAUCGGAUAUCCCUGUUCUAUGCGGAUGCCACACCCAUGCUGAAAACAUUAAGUGACGGGACGACGAAGUUUGUAUCGGAGAAUAAGAACUUGCCAAUUGAGAACACAACAGAUUGCUUAAGCACAAUGGCGAGUGUCUGUAAAGUCAUGUUGGAAACUCCCGAUUACCGUAGUCGUUUCACCAGUGAGGAGACUGUGUCAUUCUGUCUCCGGGUGAUGGUGGGGGUCAUCAUCCUGUAUGAUUACGUUCACCCUGUUGGAGCAUUUGCAAAGUCCUCCAAAAUUGAUAUGAAAGGCUGCAUUAAAGUCCUCAAAGAUCAGCCUCCUAAUAGCGUCGAAGGUCUUCUCAACGCUCUCAGGUACACAACCAAGCAUCUGAACGAUGAAUCGACCAACAAGACUAUCAAGAGCAUGCUGCAGUAAGACUGAGCUGCUACAACCGCUUGCCUCACACCCUGUUAGGGAGACACCACUCUCCUCCGAAUGAUGUCGGUGCACAGAAUGUUUUUCGCUUUUUUUUUUUUCUUAUUUUUCUUCUUAUAAGGAACAAGAGCUAUAGCUCCGUCCCCUUUUUAUAAUGCAAAAUGCUACUGCCAUUAUGUGCAUCUUUUUCCGUGCCAAAAAAGAUGAUGUUGCAGAGAUGUAAUGUUUUCGAUGAGGCCAUACAACAAUGGCAGCUAAUGAAAGCAUUGUGGAUUCUCUGGUGUUUUUUUUUUUUUUUUAGUUUUUUUUUUAUAUAUAUAUAAAUGUCUUGUUUUUCCCUAUGUAAGGGACGGGAGUGCUUUGACUUGAAAAUUUAAAAAGAGAUAUAUAGAGAAGUAUAUAUUAUUUUUGUUUGAUCUGUUAUUUAAUAUUACAUCUUCUGCAUGAUGAAAAUGUCUUUUCCUCUAUUUAAAAACUAAUGGUUCUGUUUAAAUUUGUCUGCUCUAUUGUGCAUUAAAUGUUUUGUUAUUGAAAUGGUACUUGUCAAAAUGAGAUUAUUAAUGAGUACUAUUUGUUUUAUAAAAAAAUUUUUUUUAUGGGUCUUGAUUUGUGCGUGUGUCCAUUUCAUGGUUGUGUUGUAUUUUUCAUUUGACAUUUUAAACUGUGAUGUGCGCAAAUCAAAUUACAGUCGGGAGUCUGUACUGUAAAAUGGACAGUAUGUUGCGGCUCGAGAAAAAAAGGUAAAAUAAAACGAGAACUCUUG